CGAAAAUCCAACCCAAUCCGCACCCAACCCCACGUCUAUAAAAGCCCUUACCCUCGCCUAGGGUUUCCUCUCCCGUCUCCGCGCUCGCCGCCGCCGCCGCUCCUCCUCCGCGCCCUCGAAGCCGCCGCCGCCGCCGCAGCCUCGCCGCCGUCGACAUGGGUAAGGUGCACGGAUCGCUCGCUCGCGCCGGGAAGGUGCGCGGCCAGACGCCCAAGGUGGCGAAGCAGGACAAGAAGAAGAAGCCCCGCGGCCGCGCCCACAAGAGGAUGCAGUACAACCGCCGCUUCGUCACCGCCGUCGUCGGAUUCGGCAAGAAGCGCGGGCCCAACUCCUCCGAGAAGUAGACGCGCCGGGCCGCUCCGCCGGUGAUGUCCCGUUUGUUCUUGGUAGUAGUUUCCUUUUAAGUGCUAUAUGCAAGAAAACAAGAAGGGGGAACCAAUCUUUUGUAGCGUGUGAGCUCGAUGCUCGUGUGAUUUGGAUCGAACUCAAAAGUGCUUAGUCUUAUUAUGCCGCAUGUUAAGUUUGAGAUAUGAUAUGAGCUCGUGACUUAAUUUUGCUUAAUGUUUACCCUCUUUUAUCUUCUAUCAAUUGUGACUAAUUCAAAUC